GGAGUGUGGGAUCUAAAUGUUGGAAUUCUUAAUUAUUAUUUAUAUUUAAUAGUAUUAUAGUUUAGUAUACGUGUUGUUAUUUACCUUAGGAAUAUACAGUACUUUAUAUUGAUUGUUAAAAAAUGGAGGACAUCGAAGACACAGAUUAUGUUGCUUCAGAACAUGAUAUUUUGGUGAAAGCUAUAUCAAAACUGGACAAAACUCAACACAUCACGGAGCCAACUCGCAACGAACCUACUAUUGAUAACUCAGAAUUCCACUUACACAAGAGGUCUAAUGAAUUAGACCUCAGCAAUGUGGUUGAAGCUUUAGAAGGCACUGCUAUUCAUGUGAAAAUAGGGAAAAAGUUAAAAAAGAUUCAAAACAAAUCACAAGUUUUGAAAAAGCCAUUAGAGAAACCCCAGGCUGAGCGCAUAAAAAGAGCCAUAGGGUAUGAAGAGAAUAAAAAGAAAAUUGGCAGGUGGGAUCCUGUGGUGGCCCGUGCUCGCACUGUUGAUUAUGUUUCAUUUCCUAUAAAGCAUGUGUCUAAUAAGCUGCAGUCUACUGGAGAGUUCUUGUCAAAACUAAAGUUGAAAUCUGCACUUGAAAAAGAAUUAGAUGAAGUGGACCCACCUGCAGAAGUCAUGGAAGAAGACGAAGAAGAACAAACAUAUCCUAUGUCAUAUGAAGAGAUGAUAGAACAUAGGCAGCAUUCAGCAAAGCUAAGAGCACAAGAAUCAUAUAAAGCAGCAAAAGCUAAGAGACAAAGUAAAAUAAAGAGUAAAAAGUAUCAUAGAAUACUUAAGAAAGAAAAACUAAAGCAACAACUGAAAGAAUUUGAGGACUUACAAAAGAAAAACCCUGAGGAGGCUUUACAGAAACUGGAGGCCUUGGAAAAAGCUAGAGCUUUAGAACGGCAUACAUUAAGGCACAAAAAUACUGGAAAAUGGGCCAAGAACCAGUUAAUUCGAGCCAAGUAUGAUAAAGAGGUACGACAGCAGAUAGCUGAACAGUUAGCUGUAAGUAGAAGUUUGACACAUAAAACACAAGACACAGAGAGUACUGAUGACGAAGCUGACAACAAUGAAGCAAUACCAGAUAUAACGUUAUCUCAAGACCCCAUGAAUCCUUGGAUGUUGCAAAGGUCUGAUAAAUCUAAUGUAGAUGCUGAAUUUGACUUUGGUUACAAGAAAUAUUUGAAAGAUAAAAUGUUCAAGAGAAAGGACAAUGAUAGUGAAUCAGAUUCCAAUGAUGAAGAUGCGAACAAGAUGGUUAGUGAAAAAAUUAAUUCUUUAAAAGAAAGUAUAGCAAAAUUGGCUACAUCUGAUAUUGAAGGUUCUGCAGUUGAAGAGUUCAUUGUUGACACAAAUAAAUUGAAUAAAGAAAUAGCUAAUCUUAAAGCUUCUAAUAAUGCACUGGAUAAAAAGAAAAAGAAAAAAUCUAUUGUUGCUACAUCAAACUGGAUAGUUGAAGAGGUUGGCAAUAGCAUAAGAAAUGAUAUUACACAAGAAGUGUCUUCUGCGUUUGAAAACUUAGAAGACGAUGUUGCAAACAAAGUUGAGCAAAAGCUAAAAAUGCUGAGAGAGGAUAUUGAGCGCAUAGGCAAAUCAGAAAAGCCUUUUAAAAACACAAGAAGCAAAAAAGAUACAGAAAAAGAUAUUGAUAAUCUCGAAUACUUGAAAUUGAAAAAUCAAAAAACGAAAACCAUAAUUGAUGAAGAAUUAUUAGAAACUAAUAAAUCAAAGAAAACGGAAGACUCGGACGUUAUAAAUUCUGCAGCUAAAAUUAUAGAAACUGCUCAGCAUAACACACAAGACGGUGUUAGCACUGAUAUUGAUCCAAAUAGGUUUAUUGAAGUGAAACCUAAAUACCUUAACACUGCAUUAUCAAACUUAGAUAAUGACAAUGAUGAGUUGGAUGAUGAUCAAGUUGUACCUAAAGUGAAUAUCGAAGAAGUAUUUGAAGAAGAUGAUGUAGUUGCCAGUUUCCGACAAGAGAAAGAAGACGAAGCUAAAAAGGAUCAACCCACUGAUAUUGACCUUAGCCUUCCGGGUUGGGGGAGUUGGGGUGGCAAAGGUGUUAAAGCUCCGAAAAGAAAAAGGAAUAGAUUUAUUCUCAAAGCUCCGCCUAAAAUGCCUCGACGAGACGAAAAUAAAGGGGAUGUUAUUAUAAAAGAGUAUAAAGAUCCAAAGAUGGCUGUCCAUAAAGUAACAGAUGUGCCAUUCCCUUUUACAAGUAUUAAAGAGUAUGAAGCUUCCAUCAGAGCUCCUAUUGGCAACACAUUCAUACCUGAAAGUGCACAUAAGAAGUUAAUUCGACCAAGUGUUAUUACUAAGGCAGGCACAAUAAUUGAACCGAUGGAUGAAGAAGAACUACUGCUGCAGAAAAAUAGGAAUUUCAGUAACAAUGAUGUUCUAAGACUAUUAGCAAAAAAAUAA